GCGUCACCUCAGGCAGUCUGAACAUAUAAAGACGAGCUGUGAACGAGAAACUGGUAGAUAAGGACGUGAUUUAUUUUGUGGGAGCAGCAACAGUAGAGCUAAGUGCAGAAUGGCUGAGACUAUGUUCUUAUUUUGGGGCUCCGGUUCCCCACCCUGCUGGAGGAUCAUGAUCGCCUUGGAAGAGAAGAAAUUGCAGGGAUACGAGCAGAAGUUGUUGUCUUUUGAAAAAAUGGAGCAUAAAUCGUCCGAAAUUAUGGCAAUUAAUCCAAGGGGCCAGUUGCCGUGUUUCCGCCAUGGGGACACUAUUUUGAAUGAAUCUUUUGGAGCCUGUCUGUAUUUGGAGAACCAGUUCAAGUCCCAAGGUACCCAACUGAUUCCAGACACUGGGGAUGAACAGGCUCUUGUUUAUCAGAGAAUGCACGAGGUCCUGACCCUGCACGAAAAACUGGGUACGAUUUCCGGAGCUUGCAUUGCACUGGGUCCUGGCUCCUAUAUUGCUGGGAAGAACUUCACAAUGGCAGAUGUAAUGCUUUUCCCACAAGUAGCCUUUGCUGUUCGCUUUGGAUUAUCAACAGACAAAUAUCCCAAACUGAUGGAAUACUACAUGAAAGUGAAAGAGCGACCAAGCAUUCAGGCUUCCUGGCCUCCCCAUUGGAAGGAGAGUCCUCCAACCUUGGAUGUUUUGAAAGAUGUCUGAGUUUUGUAGAAUUCUGAAUUCCACACUCCUAAAUCCCAUAUGCAGUUUGUUGGCCUUGGGAUUUUAGUAUCAAAUAUUGAAAGUACUGCAUAAAGAUGAGCUUAUCACACUGAAAUCUGUUGCAUUAAAACUUAAUAAAAUUACAGUGACAAAUGUU